AAAAAAAUCGCGUACGGCGCAACCGAUAAACAACAUGGCGUCCGGUUCAUCGUUGAUUGGCGCUGAUAUUGCAGCAACCGAAGGACAAGGCCUAGGCCUAGCAGUUAGCGAUAGUUUUCAGCAAGCUCUGUAUACACCAAUACGUGUACUUGGUAGAGGCGCAUUUGGUGAAGCUGUUUUAUAUAGAAAAACGGAGGAUAACUGUUUGGUUGUGUGGAAGGAGGUAAACUUAAAGCGAUGUCCAUUAAAAGAACGACAUGGUGCUCAAAAUGAAAUAGACAUCCUCUCAAUGUUAAAUCAUGCGAACAUUAUUACAUACUAUAAUCACUUUUUAGAUGAAGAUACGCUCUUCAUUGAAAUGGAGUAUGCCAAUGGUGGAACACUUUAUGAAAAGAUUAAUAAACAAAAUGGGCAACUGCUUGCUGAAGAACUUGUCAUAUGGUACUUCUUUCAGCUUUCAUCUGCUUUGUGCCACUUACACGAAUAUGCCAUCUUGCACAGAGAUAUCAAGACUCUGAACAUCUUUCUCACCAAAUCUGGUCUCAUCAAAUUAGGAGAUUUUGGAAUUUCCAAACUCCUUGAUACGGAGAAUGAAAUGGCUGAAUCAGUAGUGGGAACUCCAUAUUAUAUGUCACCUGAGCUUUGUAAAGGGCAACAAUACAAUGCUAAGAGUGAUAUUUGGGCAAUGGGAUGUGUACUGUAUGAGCUGCUUACUCUCAAGAAAACAUUUGACGCUUCGAAUGCCUUGAAGUUAGUCUGGGGAAUUGUGAAGAACGAUGUCAACAUUGAAGAAAUCAGCUCAGAAUAUACUGACACCAUGAAAACGCUAGUCAGCAAACUUCUAGAAAAGGAACCUGAGAAAAGACCAUCUGCAGAAGAAAUACUGGACUUUCCAAUUUUAAAAACCCUUGGAAAAGAAAUGGAGGCAAAAGUAUGGGAAUUGAACAAAUCUGCUCGUAAAGCUAGGCUCGAGAGUUCCUCAUCAAAUGAAGCCACGCCAAUUGUAACUUCGAAGACUAGUGAGGUGUACUACUGGGGAGGGGGAAGACUGACCCCUCAUAAGCUUGACCUCUUCAAGGCUGGUAAUAGCGCUGUACAGGUAGCCUGUGGGCACAACCACUUUGCUGUAGUUACCGUCGAGAACGAACUGUACACUUGGAUGAACACCCAGGGAGGACAGGCAUCAGUAGCACUGUUGGGCCACGGGGAUAAAGCAGCAUACAAAGCACCCAAGAAGGUUGAUGCCUUCCAUGGAAUGGCAGUCGUUAGUGUCUCCUGCGGAGAAGAGUUCACAGCUUGUGUCACAGAUGAUGGAGAUGUUUAUACAUUUGGCUUAGAUUAUUAUGGAUGCAUUGGCUGUGAUAUUCAAUAUGGAGAUGAAGUCUCGUACCCUGUGCUUGUAGAUUUCUUCCGCGGUAAUCCAGUCCAACAGAUAUCUUGCGGUGACAGCCAUGUUGUGGCUCUGACUAAAAAGGGAGAGGUCUACUCAUGGGGUUGUGGAGAAUUUGGUCGUCUUGGUCUUGGAGAUGAAGAAGACUAUGCCAGUCCUCAAAAGGUACCAAUAAGGGGUGGUCGAUUGAUUAAGGCAAUAUGUGCAGGAUCAGAUGGGACAUUUUUUCUGACAGUUAAUGGACGUUUGUUAGCUUGUGGAAGUAAUGAACACAAUAAACUAGGUUUUAACACUGUCACUGCUGGCUUAAGGAAGAGACAAGUUAAGGAGUGCUAUGAUAUUCCAUGCCAAUAUUUUGCAAGCAUCGUUAAACCUUUGACUCGAUACCAUGUGGAACGAGUGUCUGCCGGUCAGACACAUUCAGCUGUAAUUGAUGAAUUUGGUCGUUUGAUUACGUUUGGGAGUAACAGGUAUGGACAGUUGGGGGUCGGGGACUUUAAGAAAAGGUCAACUAUUUGUGAAAUCUCACGUAGACUUGGUGGUAAAAUGGUUGAGAAGGUCAGCUGUGGUAAUGAGUUUACAGUCGUAUCAACAUCUGAUAAUCAUAUUUAUUCAUUUGGAAAUGCAAAUAGUGGACGUUUAGGUGUUAACAUUGAUGGCACCUCAACUCAAAGAAACAACUCAAUUCCAUCACCUAGGCCCAUUUUUGGAACUUUGAAAGUUGUGCCAGAUAUGUGUUGCCAACAUUGGCAUACAAUAAUGAUAGUCGAAAAGGUUCUAAAUUCUAAAACAUUGAGAACGCAUAGAUCAAUCAGCCAUGAGUCCCUUGCAAGUAAAAUUUCUCUGAUCUCUGACGACAACAUGGACAAUAGUGUCUUUAGUAAUACAGACAAACACACAGGAGAAACACCUGAUGACCUAGAAAAUGGGAAGGAUGGAGAAACUGAUGAAGUAAGUGAAGGAGGAAAAGAAAACUCUCAUAAGGAAGCUAACAAUGAACUUGAGGAGAGUUCCAUGCCUCCUUGGCUCAAAGCUGAAUUGGCUGAUGCCGAGUUCAUCCCUAUAGAAUUACAGAAGGGCAAAAUAGGGACUCCAUUGGAUUUGCAGCAGAAUGAGUUAAGCCAUGCCAGUAUCUCUGCAGAAGCUGACAAUGAAUAUUUUAAGAAGCCGUCGUUUGUUCCUAUGUUGGACCUCGGAAGCCUUGAAGCCAGUUUCAAAAGUAUCGCAGAAUUUUCUAAGGAUAAAGAUGAUGAAAUUGAGGAUUUGAAGUAUCAGAUAAAACUUUUGCAAAUGGACAAUGAAAGCUUGCAAGCCACUGUGACAGAGCAAGCGGAACGCAUAUUCGACCUUGAAGAAAAAGUAUGUGCUAUACUUGCACAACUUUCACCAAGAGCUGAGGAAGGAAAUAAAUGAGCUUCAGCCUAUAAACACCUUCCUGUAUUAUUGUGAGAAAAUGUUGGACAACAUAGUUCACAUACUUGCUUUUUUGGGCCUAAUUGCAUUUUUAUGCAAAUUGCCCUCCAUAUACAUUCCUUAUUUAUUUAGCGUAUUUAUAUUUUGACAGUACUGUGUAGAUAGUUUAAUUGAAAGGAAUCCCUAUUUUAUGUAGUAUGUCUGUUUAGUAUCCCAUGUGAAUUUUGGCUCAAAUUGUCCUCCAUACAUUCCAAAAUUAUUUUGCAUUAGUAUAUUGUGAUGGUAUUGUGCAUUUAGUUUAUUUGAUGUAAUCUGGUCUUCAUGUCUAAGCUACUUGGUAAAACAGUACCAGCUACUCUGUCCACAACAAGGGCUGUAUGGUCCUGUACACCAGUGUAACCCCCUACUCAUCUCGAAAGAUUACUGGGUACAUUAAAGACAACAUGAGCCAAAUUGUGUACACUGGGCCUGUGGUUUAUAGUCCUUAUUUGGCACAAAUUGCCCUCCAUACAUUCCUGAAUAAGUUUGCGUAAUUAUAUUUUUUGUCAGUUCAAUGAAGUUGAGAGGAAUCUGUGGUUUAUAUAGUACUGUACAGUGCAGUAUUGUUAAAUUUGUGGUGUUAUUGUAAUUGGAAUGUUGACAUAUUUGCAUUCUCUGAUUGCACCGCAAUUAUUUCUUCAUUCCUGAAUGAUUUUGCCUGUCUAUAUAUUGACAGGUAUGUUAAUUAGUAUGUAAAUGUGUAGCAUAUUAUAGCCAUUCCAUUUGUAGUACUGUACAUCAGUGUGCUAAGAGUGGUGGUGCCGUAGAAGGGAGAAAGGGGCUUUAUCCCCCUUGAUAGGCCAAGCCGCCCCAUCGACCACAACUUGUGAGGCUAGAUAGAGAGAACUUUUUUUUCUUUAAAAAAAUUUGGCAUCAUUUGUGGUAAAAAGUCUCAAAACAGCAUAAUGUGGCCAAAGUUUUCCUGUUUUUCUAAAAUAGUCACUUUAUUCUCCCAUUUUCAACCAUUCAGACACCUAGGAUAUGUUUUUGAAUGCACCAUCUUCUAGUUAAAAUGAUGUCAUGUGAUGUGAUUUGUUAAAUAUUCAUGAGCUAAUAUUCAUAUGUAACUAAUUGGGACCACCAUAGACAAAUAGUUUAAUAUUUAUGGCUGUUAUUCAUAUACAUGGACCUAGGCUGAUUUUGUCCUGAAGGAUGAACUAAAUCUUCAUUCCAGUGAAACCUCAAUGGUGAUUUUUAUUUUUAUAAACAUAUUAAUAGCAAUCUUUAACUGCAGGGAAGAGUUCUUUGGGAGAGUCAUCUAACAAUUUUUUGAUAGAUUAAUAGAUAAAUAGGACAGUAUGAAAAUAAAAUGUAAUUGAUUGAUUGAUAGAUUAAUAAUAUAUGAAAAUAAGUGUUUUAGUAAGUAUUCUUCAAGUCUUGAAGGUUUGCAUGGGAAAUGACAAUAAUAAUUAUUAAUUGCAUGCUUUCGGUACACCAUGUGGCAUACCAUACUGAAGCCCAUCUCUUCAGUUUGCAAAAUUAGCCUCGAAAAGAAGCCCAUCUCGAAAAAAGCCAAUGGGCUUCUUUUCAAGAUAGCCUAGAUUUCUUUUCAGAGAAGUACAGUACAUACACUGUACAUGAAUUUCAA